AUGGACGCGUCCGUGCCGCACACCCAAGUCCAGGAGCACGCGUCGACUGCAGCGGAGGCACUCAUGGAGCUCGGAUUCCGCUCGACUUCGUCAGAAGAGAUUGACGACGAUUCUGAGCGGACGGUUGAACGGGCUGUUGCUGAGCCCGGGUCAGGGAAUGGUGGUGAUGAACGGGCAGAUCAACGGGCGAAUGAAGCGGAUGGUACCCCGACAGCUGAACCGACAGCUGGAGGCGGCACAGAAGCAGUGACACCGAGGCCGACGGAUCAAGACGAGAAGCAGCAUGGUCAAGACGAGAUUAAGGGUCGCUCCACUGCUUAUGUCGCGGAUGAGUCUCAGGAGGGAGAGGAGGCGGUCGUACUGCAGGAAGGUGGUGGCGAGAGAGAAAGAAAGGAGUUUGAUGCACGGCAAGGCGAUGUUGAGUGGCAGGCUUCGAACGGCACGGGGGAGGCGGGUGCGGAUGGGGCGAACAAUCAGGAGCGUGAUAAAAAGGGGGGGAACGAUGAGGCGGGUGAUGAGGAGAACUUUGGGGACGUCGCCGGGUAUGGGGAGAAGGAACGUGGUGCCAAGGCUCCGUCCCCGCCAGAAAAAAUAUCACCCGUGCGUGGCCACGCUGAGAGCCGCGCCCGGGGCGCGCAAGAGCACCUCGUGGCGACGCGGAGCAGCAACAGCCCUCUCACUCCCGCGGGGGCACAAACGCCGCAAACGGCAGAAGUCAAAUCCGUGCAGACGCCUGCCACACAGCCGCCGCAGCACGCGCAGUCCGGGCUGGCGACCGUUCCUGGAGUGCCGAUCCAGCCCGCCCUUCCGUUACAUGGUAAGCCGAUAACUCCAACUUUAGAGUCGUUUGGUUCGGAGCCGUCUCGAUUUAGCCUAUUGGCCCUUGCUUUCCGCUUGUCUAAGACUAUCUCGGUUGCCUACAGGAAGUCGUCUCUAUGGCUAAUACCCUCCAGCUGUCUUCUUCUCCUGUGCGUUUUUCCCCAUGCGCGAUUCGUUCGUGCUUUCCCGCUGCCAGCUCCGGACGGCGCGCUGGUAUCGCUCGUACCCGCCGCCUCCGAGGACGGCCAGAUUCAGUGGAUCCAGCCGCCGCAGUUCAUGGCGGCGCCGCAAUUUAUGGGUGGAGCUCAAUUUGUUGGCGGUGCCCAACUUAUGGGCGGGGCGCAACUCGUGGGCCCGCCUGGACACGGCGUCGGGAUGAUGCCCGCGGGACCUGUGUCGUUCUUCCGCACAUCGUCCUUUGCCGCUCCUGUUUCCGCGACGGGCAUGGAGGGAACAUUCAUGGGGACCGAUGGAGUCAACGGAGUCAACGCCACCGCGCGCGGCGUUUCCGGGGAUCUGUUCGGCGGGAACGCGGGCGACGAGGUGAUAGAAGGUUCGUGGGAUGACCUGAUCAUCUGCACUCCCACUGGCGGGUUUCCCGGCGGGUUUCAUGGGCAGAUGGGUUGGGGAGGCGAGCGAACGAGCAGAGCGGGACGACGCACGCAGCUAUGGGAGGGCGACCCGCAGCUGGUGUACCGACUGCAACAAAGUUACCAUACAGACGACUCCGCCGCCGCCGACACGAAACCCGACCCGUCAACUAUUGCCAUCACCGGCACCGAAAACGCUUCGAUUAGAAACGAUUCGAUAAGAGGCGACGGGGGCGAGGAGGAGGCCUUGCCUGCUGAAUCUAGAGGCAAUCAAGAGGCCUCCACGCCCCCAGGGAUGGGACCAGAAUCCCGGGAUGUGCCACAGUCGACAGCGACAAUGAGUUAUCGCGAAGCUAUGGCGAGCGGUCAGCUACCGCUGCAUGUGAAGGUGGAAUUCCCGACUCCGUCGCCUCGAGGCGGCGUGCCGUCGCCGAGCAGAGGCGGAAUGGCGUCGCCUAGUCGCGGCGGGCUGGGAUUCUCGUACCACUCGCCCAUCCCGCUGUGCUCGCCGUCGCCGCUGCGACUGUGUGCGAUGGAGCUGGGCGACAUGGCGGAGCCGAACCUGUGGCUGUCGCCGCCCGCCAGCACCAAGUAUACGCUCGACAAGCUCGGCGACUUCCCGCCGUUUUCGCCUCGGCUUCCGGCGAUCGUGCGCGGCUACAGCGCAGCAGCCCUGCCGUACCUGGAUCCCAGCGCGCACCAGCAGCCUUCCAGGAUGUCGCCUUCCAAGGGAGAACCGCCGGGAUUCGCCCCCCCCGGAUCCGCCCCGCUGGGAUCCGCCCCGCCGCAAGCGCCUGGCGGACCAACCGCCGACAGCGCAGAAAACCCGCCAGUUUCCGCUUCCGCCAUGGGUUCCGCCGCUCCCCAGUCCGGUUCUCCGCGGGCAGCCAGGCGGGGAACGGCGGAGGGUGAGGGAGACGCCGCGCGGGAAGAUAUUCAGGCUGCGCGGAGGGAGGACGAGGCGGUUGAUUCCGCGGGCGCGAGGCGGGAGAGUGGGGCGGCGGGAACGGCGCGAUUGGUUAGUAGCGGCUCCCCGGGGAGCGGAGUGAGAUACAGCGGGAUGCGCGGGCGGUCGUUGCUGCAGCAGUGCCUCAUUAUGGGCGCAGAGCAGCGCGCCACGCGCGCCGUCACGGGCGCUGGUGCCGGUGGUAACGCUGCUGCGGGUGCUGGCGGUAACGCUGCUGCCGUUGUUGGCAGCAGAUUUGCUAGUGCCGGCGGCAAUGCUGACCCCGAUAUUGAAGGGGAAGAGAAGAAUGAGCAGGCGGAAAAUGCUGAGAAGAACGACAAGAACGAGGACGAGACGGGCGAGAGGUCUGGCGGUGAUGCAGACGACCGUGCGGCGGGUUCGAGUCCGUCUGUGUUGAGAUGGAGAGCGGUGGGGUGCGAUGGCCGUCGGCUUGGCGACCGAUGUGACGUGCGGUCAGAGCAGGAGAGGACGGCUCUUGGUGCUGCAGACUCGAAUGCGCCGCACGCCUCUACUCCACCGCUUUCACCUCCGCCGGAGGCGCCUAUAGAUUUUGCGACUGCUGCUGGUUCUGGUGGCGUUCGUGCUGGCGGGGAGGGAGAGACAAAUGUUGGUGGUGGACGUGGUAAAGAUUUUCCCGGCACGGAAAUGCGUGGGCAGGAGUCUCGGCGGCACGUUGCUGGAGCGCCAGGCGAGGUGUUUCGUCGCGAAAGCGAUUUUGCGGAUCGUGGCGAGAGUUUGUCGCGGGCGGAUGUUACCACGGGCGGGAGGUCUUUCGUGGUUGGCUCGUUAGGCUCAACACUUACGGAACGCGUGAGUGUACUGGAACUCGAGAACAAACAAACAACGCGUGCGGGCAAUAGCGAGGACGGCGCGACCGAAACUGCGAAUUUUGAUGCAUCUAACUCCAGCGGCAACAGCCGUUCGUCAUCGAAUCUCGAUAGUGGAGGCGCGGAGUCGAACGACGAAGGCACCGGUGAGGAUGGGUCUGGGGUUGUUGAGAAGGAGGAGGGCGCGCGGGAGGAGGACGGGGGAGAAAGCAGGCUAUCGGGAAGAGCUGCGACAACGAACAGUGCAAAACACGGCGCGGACGAGCACAAUGCGAACCUUGGUGAUCGGGGCGAUGGUGAGAAUAGGGUGGUCUUGCAGACUGAACGAGUGGGGCUGACGGCGGAAGACGGUACGCAGGCGGUGGGGACGCCUGCGGACGGUCAGCCGUCUCGUUUACCAGUGGGCGCGGAACGUAGGCGCGCGGAGCGCAAGGGCGCGGAAGGGGAGGGUGCGGAGCGGAAAGGCGCGGAAGUUAGAUGCGGGGAAAGCAGCCCGGGAAAGGCCUCCCCGGGCUUGGUGAGGCCGCAGCCGCGCAGGGCGCGGAGUGGCGAUCAUGCCAUCUCCCCGUCCUUCUCGAUUCCCGCUUCCCCGUUUUUCGAAUCCCCCCGUUUGGCGGCGCUUGAGGGCAAUGCGCCCCAAUCUGCUGGUGAGGAGCGAGCGUCCGCGCAGGCGCCGCUGCUGCAGCCCGUGGCGAAUGUUCGUCAAGUGCAGGCUGCGGCACAGUCACAUUCGGGGAAGCACCAGGAGCAUGGUGAAGCAGGGGGGCCGGUUUUCGAGUCGACUUCGCAAUUGAGUGGUGGGAGUGAGGGGGGUGGGAGAGGUGCGCGUGAGGAGAGCGCGACAUCUGACGAAGUACGGGCAAAACUUUCCGGCUCCCAACGCCUCCCAGGUUCCCGUGGGGUGCAGGGAAUGCACGGGCAGCAGGGCGUGGGACCAGGGGCGCAUUUCCUGCCUGCUUCCUCUGCAGCUGCGGCUACUGGAGGUGGUGCUGUGGGUGGUGGUGCUGGUGCAACUAGUGCUUCCUCAGGUGGUGCUUCAGGAGGGGGCGAACGGGUGGCAGGAGGUGAGGGAGAGCGAGCCGAGGGAGGGCGAGGGGAGGGAGGGCGAGCGGGCAAGGUGUCACGAGGAGCACGAACCCCUUCCCCCCAAACCUCAGCAAGCGCAUCUUUGCGCCCUUCCCCCGUGCAACCCCCCCCUCCCCCUGUCUACUCCCCAGCUGUCGCCUCCUGGGUGCCCUUCGCCCUGCCCCCUGCUGCCUCUGCUGGCUCUGCUGCCCCGGAGGUGGGUAAGCUUCCUAUUUACCCUGUCAAACCUGGGGCACUCAAGGCGCACGAUACAGUACCUGCUGGGGGCCAAUGGGGCCCCAGGUCCUCCCAGCCGACUGCUGCUUCUGGGGUGAUUGCCCCCACCGAAUCCGUUUCUGGCGUGCAAGUAACUCCCCCUGGUGCGGUGCAGAGUGGUGCUGCAGGUGUGGUGCAGGGUGGUGGUGCGGUGCAGAGCGGUGCGCCUGGUGCGGUGCAGCUCUACUUCACUCUGCCGCCCCUUCUCCCGUUUUCCUUUGACUUUACCUCACCCUCCAGGCUGACCAAGAGAUGGGAGGCAUCGCUUUGGACCAACAAGAAGCAACUCUACUUGGGUGGAUACGAUGCAGAGGAGAAAGCAGCGCGGGCGUACGACAUAGCAGCAUUGGCGUGCAAGGGAGCAGAGGCGAUCACCAACUUCCCACGGGAGAGCUAUGCGGACAGCAUCGGAGAGUACCUUGGGAUCUCCUGUGAAGCCCUGAUUGCGAAGCUGCGCCGGGAGAGCUCGGCGUUCUCUCGAGGCCGGUCCAAGUUCCGCGGGGUGUCGGGGCAGGAGGGGCGGUGGGAGGCGCGCAUUGGGUCGUAUUUCGGGCGGAGGAACGUGUCUUUGGGCGUGUAUGAGACGGAGGAGGCGGCAGCCGAGCAGUACGACCGCGCGCUCAUCAUUCAGAAGGGCACCCGUGCCAAGACCAACUUCUGCAUCUCCAAAUACAUAGCUGAGCACCUGCAGCACGAGCAAGGGCAGGAGGGAGCGCUGUUUCCCAGCCAGCAGCCCCAGUCAUCAGGCAGCAGAGCAUGCCUUCCCACCACUGCAGCAGAGUUCAACCUUGCAGCAGCACCACCACCACCAUCAUCUGCUUACCCACUUUCAGCUGCAGUGGCAGCAGCUGCUGCCGCAGCAGCAGGAGGAGGAUCAGCAACUGCGGACGGGCAUGGUGGGGUGCGGUUUGGAGGGGUGAAGAAGGGUCGAAUCACUCCAGGCUUUGAUGCGCUGUACCGCCGAGCAAUGGCGGAGAUAGUGGCUAGCUCAGCCCUGCCUUGCCCUGUGGACGACCCAGAGGGUAGGCCUGCUGUGGAAGAGUGA